GGAACUCUUCUGCGCAAGUAAGUUAAAAAAGGUGUUGAUGGGAUAAACAGUGAGAUAGGCCUACACGUACAACGUUACAACAACUGAACAAGACGUACGGUACUCGAGCGUCUGUAGCAGUACCCUGUGUUUUCUGGACAGAUUGCGAUGGUGAGAAUUCUCAGUAAUGGCGACAUAGUGCCUGAUGAUGAUCCCAGAGCCCAACAGGCAGCCGGUAACAGGGGGAGUAACUCUGCAAGACCAAGACAGGGUUUUGUGCAACAUGAUGAAAGCCACCAAGGACCAGGGGCAGGAAGAGGAUUUAUAGGCCAGGGUGAUGGACAGGUGUCAGUGUUCACGUUAAUCAAUCAAAAACUGCUAGAGCUGGGAAUUCCGCGGUUUAGUGUUGGACCUUAUACAGUGGAACCUAUUGCUUUGGUGGGAAUGAUUCUGGCUUUGUUAUUGUUUGGACUUCCCGGACUAUUAUUUGGGGGAGUUUUAUUCCUUGUUGUAAUGUCUAGUCAGACAGCUGCACCGGCAGGGAAUCAAAGAAGGGCAGCAGGGGGUGGGGGGCAUAGACUCGGGUAGGAGGCCAUUAGCAGCUGUGUUGUAGAUGAGAAAACUUUCUUGAGCAGAAAAUUCUCUGAUGUAUUGUAGAUUGGUUUUCAUUUGUGAGGUUUUUAUUUUCGCAUCAAUUCUUGAUAUUACGAGUUUACCUAGUAAAAUUGAAUGCAUGCAACAAUUCCCGUUGCUUAUUUCUAUUUUGGCAAAUACAGCUGUUCAUGAAAUGUCUUCUAACAAUAGAAUUGACAUCAGUCAUGUGAAAAUAAAGUCUCACGAAAAUGUAUAUAUGUAUUGCUGUCAAUUAUGCGAAAAUAAAAUCUCACGAAAAGUUCCAGUUGUACAGCACUGGUUACACUUCGAAUACAUACCUGUAAUCAGAGUAAGGCAUGAAUGUAAUUUAUUUUCACUGUUUUCAGGAGGCAAUAAAAGGAAAAUACAAUG